AAAACCAUCAAAACCACAUCUUUAAUUUCAAACUUUGAAAACAACAAUCAUGUCAGGAAGAGGGAAAGGAGGAAAGGGACUGGGAAAGGGAGGAGCAAAACGACACCGUAAGGUUCUCCGGGACAACAUUCAGGGCAUCACCAAACCUGCGAUCCGACGGCUGGCAAGACCAAUCAUGUCAGGAAGAGGGAAAGGAGGAAAGGGGUUGGGAAAAGGAGGAGCAAAACGACACCGUAAGGUUCUCCGUGACAACAUUCAGGGCAUCACCAAACCGGCGAUCCGACGGUUGGCGAGACGUGGGGGAGUGAAGCGUAUAAGCGGUCUGAUAUAUGAGGAGACGCGUGGUGUUCUCAAGAUCUUUCUAGAAAAUGUAAUUCGUGACGCCGUUACCUACACCGAGCAUGCUCGCCGGAAAACUGUUACUGCUAUGGAUGUGGUUUAUGCGUUGAAGCGUCAGGGACGCACUCUGUACGGUUUCGGUGGUUAGGUUUGGUUAGUGUGAGGGAAGUUGGAUUUGGAGUGUUUGGUUAUUGUUUUGUGAUGUAUGAUAGUUAAUGGAAUGAAAAGUUAGAUUUGAUUUUAUGAUAUUCGCAAUUUAUA